AUCCAAGGGAACCUUCUGGCGAUUGCCCAGGAGAUUUACCAAUCCUGGCGGCUCACGGGGCCAGGAGGUCCUGGCCCUCAGAGGUGCUGCAGCAAGGGUCCUGCUGCCCCAAAGAGAAGUAGGCUAGUGAAUUCACAGUGUUGUGAGGAGUGAGAGGAGAGGGCACUAAUGGGGCCUGGUAGGGCAACUGUGAUUGGGAGAGUGCCCUGGGGGCGGAGCUAAGGAGACAACAAGGGUGGGGCUAGUGUGACUCCACAACUACUAAAGAGGCUUGAAGGUUCUCUAGCCACAGAAGGUGACCCUGAGCCUGAAGCUCUCCCAAGGGGAAAGAAGAAAGAUCAACAAUGGCAGAAGUCUGUGGCAGCAUAGGCGCAGAAAGAGCUUGCUUUGUGCUCAGGAGAGAACACUGCAUCUCAGCCUCCUGGUUUUAGUGGUGUUCAACAUUCAAAAAAGGAUAACCCCAGCUCUACCUGCCCAUCAUGGCACCUGCAGAAGCUAUACCUGAAGGAGUAGGCCCUGUAUUGGAAACCACCCAGCAAGAUUUUUUGCAAGAAGCAAAAUCUCUUAUUGCCCAACAUCACAAGAGAUUAAAUGAGAAUAAGGCUCAAGGAACGUCUAUAGAUGUCUUUAAAAAUAAACACCAAAAACCGAAAACUGUCAAGUUCAUACCUUUUGAGGUUAAGAAAAGUGAAAUUCUUAAUGUAGUUCAAGAACAUCGGUUGGUACUCAAAAGCAUCAGCUAUCCCAGGGACACUUCCAAGUGCACAGCUUUAAUUGAGGCCUCACAGCAGAUUUCCUUCAAGGAGCCACAUGUGUCGAAUAUAAAAGAGAAGUGCCACCCUGUAGAUCUUUUAAAAGAAGAAAAAGUUAAACUGGGUAAAAUAAUGAAUGAUAUUGAAUCCGUGAGUAAGCAAAUGGAGAUGGAGAAGGAGAUGCAUCUCAGGAAGUCCAGAAUGUUGGAACCCUUCCAUUCCCACAUGAGCUUGCCUUUGCAUAAUCUGGCCUCUUCUCUGGGACUUCUGAAGGAACUUGCUGACAGGACGCUUUAUGAUUGGAGGAGCGCUGCAUUGAUAAGAUCUUCCUAUUUGCCUCAUGGAUCUGCUCAAAGUUUAUCAGAGUCCUCAGUGACAUUUAAGAAUUAUUAUAAGAGACCCAUUAGGAAGAAAGAUCUGCAACCUAUAAAGAAAGAACUGAAGACAGAAAAAAGGUCAAAGACUAUUGCAAAGUCUGAUAAAAUAGACAGCAAAGUUAAAAGAAUUGGACCACACAUAGAAAUUUUCCAACUAUUCCAGCGAAGAAACAAGACCAUAUUUACUAAAAGAAUUAUUAAACUGGUCACCACUGUGCAAGCAUUUAUCAGGGGAUGGCUUGAGCGCAAAAGACUUCAACGAAUAAAGAGCAAGGUUUCGUAUCAUGGGCCAAAUUUGAAAACAGUUAUAAAAAUGUAUCAGUGCUUAAUCCACCGUGUUAGACACCGACUUGGUCUUUGGAGGACAAGACAGAUUAUAUACCUUGGAGAGUUAGAAGAAUGGAUGGAUAGAAAAAAGUUCUAUGAAACCAUGUUUGCCAAGAGAGAAGACUGGCAAGGCCUAGAAAGAAGUGAUCUGCUGAAAUACUUCAACGACUGUGGUCAUUUCCCCACCCAGACCCAGAUCGAUGAGUACUGGGACCUGCUCCACAGAUAUGGUCAAGGAAGAUAUUCUGAAGUAAUCAAAAAGUCCAAUGCUAUUGAACUAUUAUUUACACUCUACCCUCCUCAAGGUGCCAGAGUGAACAUUAGCACAAGACUAAAGUCCACAUGGCUGAGACCCUUGGUGGAUGGGGAAGAAGGCUAUAAGUACUUAGUGAAUGGACAUCCAAUACUCAAGAGAGCUAACAUCCGGACUGUUGGCAAGUUGGUGGCUCGAUCCAUAAGAGAAAGAAAAAUGAGACAAUUUUAUAAAACAUGAGAACUGGAAUAAAUUUUUCAGCACAGUGCUCCAUUAAAUAGUUGAACUUAUCUCCUCAGAAAUGCAUAUUAGUAAUGAACACAGAAUGAUUUGCUAUUGACAGGAUAAAGGGUGAAAUCUUUGGAUGUUGACAAGUUAGUUCAUCAUUGAUAAGUAAGUUUGGAUGAGCGGUCUUUAUCUUCCUCAUUAAACAUCUGCUAAUCAUGACACAAA